AUGGCUGCACUCUCCCAGUCAGAACUGCAAACGCGCUAUCCAACGGGAUCAUUCUCGAUUCUUGCUUACGGUGUCGCGUCUGAGGGGAUCAACGUUUUUUAUUCUGAUGGACUCGCAUAUGUCGGCGACUCUUCUCAGUGGGUGUCUGGAUCGGUGACGACCGACGUUACAUUCGUCUUCAAAGAUUCCCAAAUCAUUGCCACGGCCACUAACAAAGAUUACACCUUUGACGCUGACACAUUCCUCUACGUCCGUCCAACAUCCAAUAAGGUGCUACCUGUGGGAUUCACUGGGAACGAUGUUGAUACACCAGACGAUGCAAAUGUUGAUCAAUUUCUUUUUUAUGGGAGGUAUCUCAUGUGGCAAAAUGAAGAUGGACUUUUGUACGAUUCGUUCCGUCUGAAGGAGACGGAAGUUGGCGAUAUUUAUCAGCUCUACUGGAACACUUCAAAUCUUUACCCUCCUGGCUUCUUGACUCCAACUGUGAAGUCGUCUAUUUAG